AUGAGUUCCUCACUCUACGAUGUUCGAAAGAUCGCCGGAAAAGGUAGAGGCCUGGUCGCUCGCUCCGACAUUCCUGAAGGCACCCGUAUCCUGUCGGAGAAACCGCUGCUCAUGAUACCUAACAACAUGUCCAACGAGCAACUGGAGGCUCGACUCGCACGAGACCUUAAGGCCCUGGACAAGACUCAGCAGCGACAAUUCUUUUCACUUCACAACAGCUACACUGGCAAGUACGUCCUCGGCGGCAUCUUCAAAACAAACUCAAUGGCUUGCGGCAGCGACUUGUCUGCCAUUGCAAUCUUUCCCACCGUCAGCUUCAUCAAUCACAGUUGCCUUCCAAAUAGUCAUUACAACUGGAAUGACUCCAUGGGGAUGCAGACAAUCCAUGUCACUCGCGAUCUCAGCGCUGGAGAAGAGAUAAGUAUCUGCUACACCGACUCUGGAAGUGCCAGUGUUCGCCAAGCUUACCUGAAGAAGCAUUUCGGCUUCGACUGUUCGUGUGCAAUCUGCUCGCUUCCAACUACUCACCGAAAUGCCAGCGACGCGCGACGUGAGGAAAUCUCUCGUCUUCAGGACACAUUUGCUGAAGCAGAUUGCGCAACGUCCAAGCCUGAAGAGGCAUUCUUCGACCUUCGGAAGAUAGUCGAACUCUUGAACAAGGAGUUUAAAGGUGCUGCCAAAGUCCCGGAGGCGGAUAUCUACUGUUAUGCGGUACAGCUUAGUCUCUUCCACAGUGAUGAAGCGCGAGCAAGUGUAUUCGCUGAGAGGGCGUACAAGGCGUUGCUCAUCUGUGUGGGCGAAGACGGUGAGAAUGCACAAGAGAUGAAGGCCCUGAUAGACAACCCAGCCUCUCACGCAGACUUUGGAUCGUUGUCGAGCAGAUGGAGGUCUAACAAGUACGAUGCUCCAAGAGGUAGAGACUUUGGCAAGAGUCACUUCGAGGAUUGGCUUUGGCAUCUGGUCAAGAGGUUGGAGACAGCGGACCUUAGCGAUGAUUAG